UUCUCUUUUAAAUUUACGCUUCUCUCUCUCUCUCUUUCUAAUUUACCCUUCUCUCUUUAUCCCCAACAUCAACGAUGCUCUAUCUCCCUCUUUAUCAGUAAGCUAUUCAUCAAAUUCUUUCUUCUUGAACAGACAAUUCAGAAGUAUUUUCACGAGGUUCUUGAGGCAAUGAUGAAUUUUAUAAAAGAGAUGAUAGCACCUACAACAUUUGAUUCGAAUAUGAAUAUUCCUGGUGCUCAUAACAGGUUACGAAGAAUUUUUAAGAGAGCAAUAGGUGCACUAGACGGGACAUUAGUACAUGUUGUUGUUCCCGCUAAUCAACAAAUUGUUUACAGAGGAAGGGGAAAAGGUAAAUGCUAUCAGAAUGUUCUGGCAAUAUGUGACUUCAAUAUGGUCUUCACUUAUGUUUAUGCUGGAUGGGAAGGGGUAGCACAUGAUGCACGCGUUCUAACUGAGAUUGCAUCUAAUCCAGAAAAUGGUUUUCCAUUUCCUCCACCUAAUAAAUACUAUCUAUGUAAUGCGGCAUAUCCUAAUACUCGAGGAUUUCUAGCACCGUAUCGUAAUAUUCGAUAUUGGUUAGGAGAUUAUCAUCGUAGGUGUGCCAUAACGAAGGUGGAAAAGUUUAAUCAUGCUCAUGCACAACUUAGAAACGUUAUCGAACGUUCCUAUGGAGUACUGAAAGCAAGAUUUCCUAUAUUGGACAAGAUGGCUCCAUAUCCUAUUAAUAUCCAAAGAGAUGUUGUUAUUGCAUGUUUUGUCAUUAAUAAUUUUAUCAGGAAGGAGCGCAUCAAUGAUGACUUGUUUAAUCAUUUUGAUACGCCUCAAGUGAUAUUUGAUGAAGAAGAACAACAAGAAGAAGCAUCAGAUGAAACAAAUAGACCUAGUUGGACAGUUGAAGAUUCUCAGAUAAUGACCGAUAUGAGGGAGCAACUUGCACUCCAACUAAUGCAAAGAAGAUGAAAUACUUGAGAGUUCUAUAUUUUAGUUAUUUGAAUUUUUUUUUCCAGUGUUGGAGUGUUACAAUUUGAUGAUUGUUAGUUAAUUAUUCAAAUACUCUAAUAUUUAUGUGUCUAAAUCAUAACUGUAUUUGAGA